AUGAGCUCUACGGCCACAGAAACCAUUGAACUACAUGCAUUGGCGGUUGCGACAGAUGUUGGCCCGGGCAAGGGACUUCACUCUAUCGCCGAUGAUUCGCCUAGGCUGAUUGUAGGUGCUGGCGAGAGGAGCCGUAGAAGCACUGACGAGUCUGUUUAUGUUGAUGGGACUCAUCCGGGACAGGGCAACGGAAAGUCAUUACUUCGCAUUUCGCUAGCCAUCGGUCAGCCUUCGCUCGUCAAUUUCGCCGUUUCUUUCACCAACGGCAUCAUCACCGUUGCUCUUCCCGCCAUAUCUCGUUCUAUAAACCUUCCCCGCGAGCUCUUCCUAUGGCCUUCCUCGGUCUAUGGUCUCACCUCUGGUGCGGCCCUCCUCCUCGCCGGCAGUAUUGCGGAUCUCGUUGGGGCCAAAAGUGUUGAGUUGGUAGGUGUUGGCAUCCUGGCCAUCUUUGCAUUAGCUAGUGGCCUUGCGCAAACCGGACAGCAACUAGUAGCCUUCAGGGCCUUGAUGGGCAUUGGAAUGGUAGGGGAAUCCCUAAUAUUUUCCCCUCUGUGUCCUCCUGUUCGUGUGCUGAUUGAUGAGUGCAACCUCCACCUCCAGGCUAUGCAUCUGCCGUCCUCAGUUUCUCUGGUAGCUGCUGCUGUCCCUCGCGGAAGGGCUCGCAAUGUGGGAUUUGCAUUCCUUGGCCUGACCCAGCCUCUCGGGUUUUCUCUCGGACUCAUCCUUGCAGGAGUUCUCCUGCAGAGCUCUGAUGAGGGCUGGAGGAAAGCCUUCUUCACAUCCGGCAGUCUGACUGCGAUUGCAGCCAUGGGUGGCUACUGGGUCUUGCCUAGUGUUGAGGCUGCCGCAACCGGUAGCAGCAUAUGGUCGAAGCUCAAAGCCGAAGUCGACUGGGUCGGAGUUGGCCUUUCCUCUGCCGGCUUGUCACUAUUUGCCUACGUUCUCGCUAUGCUGAGCGCGGAUCUGAGCGUGAUUCGCACCGGAACAACAGCAACGCUUCUUGCUCUAAGCUUGAUGCUCAUCGUUUCAUUCCCCUUCUGGAUGUCAUACAGAACGCGUCACGGCAAGGUGGCCCUAAUCCCCAACUCUCUAUGGCAAAAUAUCCCAUUUACGAGCAUUUGCCUUCUUGUAACUCUAUCUUGGGGUGCCCUGAACUCGAUCGAGCUGUUCUCCUCGCUCUACUUCCAGGAGAUCCAGCAUCACUCAUCGCUGACUACUUCGCUGCUCCUCCUGCCCAUGAUCUUGGUCGGAACUCUUGCAAACUUCUCCACGGGUGUAUUCGUCGAUCGACUACCCGCACGAUGGUUGAUUGCGAUAUCAUCCUUGCUGACCGCGGGGACGCCUCUGAUAAUGGCCUUGGUUGAUCCGAACCUGAAUUACUGGUAUUUACAAUUUUGGGCACAGGUUCUCGCACCACUCAGCGCAGAUAUUCUAUUCACCGUCGGCCUGAUCGUCGUCAGCGAGUCGUUCCCGGAGCAAACUCAAGCCCUGGCUGGUGCUGUCUUCAACACUGUGGCCCAGCUCGGCCUAUCCCUGGGCAUGGGAGUCUGCCAGGUGGUUGCGCUGGGGGUAAGCGCCACGGGAGGCGGCGCGGGUCAUGGCGGCAGCGGGAGCCAAGACGCCGGCAUCCAGACAGACGUGGCCAGCCUACUCAGGGGAUAUCGCGCCAGCUUCUGGACCAUAUUUGGCUACAUGAUAAUUUGUACGGCUGUUGCGGUCGUGGGCCUGCGUAAUGUUGGCAAGGUUGGCGUCAAGCGGGACUAA